AUGUUAUCACGUCGAGCGACCGAGAAAAACGCCUGGUUCCUGGAGCAGUUCAAGCGGCCCCUCGCAAGACAAGGGUCAAAGGAUGCUUCCAACAUCGACAUGGCGACGGCCGAGAACUGGCUUCUACGACCGGAAAUACUGUCCAUGCUCAAAAGAAACUGCGUCACGGGCCUAGAAGAGGAGCACCUGUCGUAUGCCACUGGCUUAGGAGGAACCUCUGAGCUCUUAGAGAGUCUGUCCAUGUUCUUCAACCAUUUCUUCUCGCCUUCGGUUCCAGUUCGACCGGAGCAUAUCGUGACCGGAACUGGUCUCAGCGCUGUUCUGGAUACACUAAUCAAUGACAUCUGCGAUGAGGGCGAUGGUCUGCUGGUGACAGCACCAAUGUGGGGUGACUUCCAGGUCUCGGCAGUGUUGCGGAACUCCGUACAGUUGUUACCAGUCUAUGUCUCACCUGAACACUCUCAUUCUGCAGGAGAUAUAGUCCAAGCCUAUAGAGACGCUGCAGAGAAAGCGACCUGCAAAGUUCGAGGCAUCUUGUUCUGCAAUCCUCAUAACCCAUAUGGACAUAUUUGCCCAACUGAGGCAAUCGACGGUUUGCUUCAGUAUUGCCAGCAAGCUAACAUGCAUUUUGUUUCGGAUGAGAUCUAUGCACUCUCAACAUUUGGCGACUUGGAAGAGUCUUCCGGGAAAAGCAACAAUGUCUAUCGCUCACCGGAGACGCAGUUCGUUUCCGUGCUGUCAAGAGACUUGAGUCUACUUGAGGUUGAGCAAUCAAGAGUUCAUGUUCUUUACAGCAUAAGCAAAGACUUUGGCUGCAGCGGUAUGAGGCUGGGAUGUCUGGUCAGCCAGGACAACAAACCAUUGCGAAUGUCCCAAGCCAUAUUAAACAACGCAAAGAUUUGCAACGCCGCCACAGUCAUGGUCACUCCGAUGCUCUCCGACACCGCAAGGCUUGAGAAACUUGUGGAUCUCAACACGAAACGGCUGCAUGCAGCUGCCCAGAUUGCCGUAAAGUUUGCCGAGUUUCACGAUUUGUCCUAUUACAAGCCAGUCGCUGGACUGUACAUCUGGUUGCGACUGUCAGAAGGCUGUAGUACUUUCGAAAAGGAAGAAGCGCUUGUGCAGAAGUGUUCCCAGCAUGGUGUGUUUGUCGGCAGCGGUGCUGAUUACUCUGAGCCCCAGCCUGGUUGGUUUCGGCUUACGUUUGCCCUUCCUGAACAGAAGUUGCUUGAAGGCUUACGACGGAUUGAAGAGGCGAUGGGGUAUGAAGAAGUAUUUACGCAUGAGGUGGAUUUCUAUGUGAGAUUUUCGAAUUGGUGGAGAGGCAUCGGUUUGUAG